AUGGGUGUGAACUCCAACAGAGUCGAACACUUCGUAUGCAAUGGAAGCAGCAUUAAGAUCCAAACCGAUAUACAAAUGCCACCCUUUGAAAUCCACAAGGUUCGCUUGCCACCACAACGCACCACUUUACAAAAACUCAGACACAGACUCUCUGAGAUUUUCUUCCCAGAUGACCCACUUCACAGGUUCAAGAACCAAACUUCCUUCAUGAAGUUCCUUCUUGCUCUUCAAUACCUGUUCCCCAUUUUCCAAUGGGCGCCUCACUACAACCUUUCUCUCCUACGUUCUGAUAUCAUCUCUGGUCUCACCAUUGCUAGCCUUGCCAUUCCUCAGGGAAUCAGUUAUGCUAAGCUUGCAAACUUGCCACCCAUUAUUGGAUUAUAUUCCAGUUUUGUGCCCCCAUUGAUAUAUUCUCUGCUUGGAAGUUCUAGACAUAUUGGUGUUGGUCCUGUUUCGAUUGCAUCCUUGGUCAUGGGAUCAAUGUUAAGCGAGACAGUUUCUUAUACUCAAGAUCCAAUCCUCUAUCUUAAAUUGGCUUUCGCUGCCACUUUCUUUGCCGGUUUAUUCCAAUCUUCUCUGGGUAUAUUAAGGUUAGGCUUUGUAAUAGAUUUUCUCUCAAAGGCAACGCUGGUGGGCUUCAUGGCUGGUGCAGCGAUCAUUGUAUCACUGCAGCAGCUGAAAGGGUUGCUUGGAAUAGUUCAUUUCACUAGCAAGAUGCAAAUAAUACCUGUAGUGAUCUCUGCUUUGAAGCAAAGAGACGAGUGGUCAUGGCAAACUGUCCUGUUGGGAUUCAGUUUCCUAGCUUUCCUGCUGAUGACAAGGCACAUUAGCUUGAGGAAGCCAAAAUUAUUCUGGAUUUCAGCUGCAGCCCCGUUGACAUCAGUUGUUCUAUCGACCAUUUUAGUCUUUAUUCUGAGAAAUAAGACCCAUAAAAUUGCUAUCAUUGGUGAAUUGCCAAAGGGACUUAAUCCACCAUCAUCAAACAUGUUAUACUUCAAUGGUCCUUAUUUGGCUCUUGCUAUCAAAACAGGACUUGUCACAGGGAUCCUGUCCCUCACUGAAGGUAUUGCAGUUGGUAGAACAUUUGCUGCACUUAAGAACUACCAGGUGGAUGGAAACAAAGAAAUGAUGGCCAUUGGUCUCAUGAACAUAGCUGGCUCUUGCUCUUCAUGCUAUGUCACAACAGGAUCGUUCUCUCGAUCUGCUGUUAACUAUAAUGCCGGAGCACAGACAGCAGUCUCAAAUAUAAUCAUGGCUUCAGCAGUUCUAGUGACCCUUCUGUUUCUCAUGCCUCUGUUCUAUUACACCCCAAAUGUUGUCUUGGCAGCCAUUAUCAUCACUGCUGUUGUAGGGUUAAUAGAUUAUCAAGCUGCAUAUAAAUUGUGGAAGGUUGACAAGCUUGAUUUUUUGGCUUGCUUGUGCUCCUUUUUUGGUGUUCUCUUCAUUUCAGUGCCUUUAGGCCUUGGAAUAGCGGUGGCAAUAUCAGUCUUCAAGAUCCUGCUUCAUGUCUCUCGGCCAAACACACUGGUUUUGGGGAAUAUACCAGGGACGCCAAUAUUCCACAACCUUAACCAAUAUAGAGAAGCUUUGAGGAUUCCUUCAUUUAUCAUUUUGGCUGUUGAGUCUCCCAUCUACUUUGCUAAUUCAACGUACCUGCAAGAAAGGAUACUGAGAUGGAUUCGAGAAGAGGAAGAGCAUAUAAAAGCAAACAAUGAAAGUACAUUGAAGUGCAUAAUUUUGGAUAUGACAGCUGUUACAGCCAUAGACACAAGUGGGAUUGACACAUUAUGUGAACUGAGAAAGAUGCUGGACAAAAGGUCACUUCAGCUUGUGAUGGCAAAUCCUGUUGGAAAUGUGAUGGAAAAGUUGCAUCAGUCAAAUAUUUUAGAUUCCUUUGGGUUGAAAGGGGUCUAUCUCACAGUGGGAGAAGCUGUGGCUGACAUUUCAUCUUCCUGGAAAGCACAACCUUGAUUUCCAUAGAUGAAUUUCUAGAACAAAGGAAAAAGAUUACGGGUUUUAACUUCUUGGAGAAAACUCUUAACGUUAGAAGUUUUUUUGCCUCUCUGAGACAGUCUACUUUGUUUUGGUAGAUAGCUUGAAAAACAAGCAUUGUUAUUUCAGAAGAGCGUUUCUUAUCCCAGGAUGUUUUGACUUUUAUGCCUUUGGUUACUUCUGUCCAUUUUUGGCUUUUGUUAGGAAAGAGCAUCCAAGCUAAAAAUAUUGGGAUGACUUUAUUCUGUGGGCAUUGAUAAAUAUGAAUAGAUAUUUCAACAA